AUGGUCUUGGGGGAAAGUGUCAUUUUCUCUGAGAAAGGAGCUAGGGCGCUUCGAGGGUUCUGGAGCCUGCUCUCUAGUCCCACCCAUCCUGCUCCCUCCGCAGCACUGCCCAGGGCCGGGGCAAGCGCUCUCUGCUCUUCAGACCACGACCAGGACGUCCUCCCCAACGUCGCCCUCAAUUCCACCGCCUACGAUCCAGUGAGGCAUUUCUCGACCUAUGGAGCGGCCGUUGCCCAGAACCGGAUCUACUCGACUCCCUUUUAUUCGCCACAGGAGAAUGUCGUGUUCAGUUCCAGCCGGGGGCCGUAUGACUAUGGAUCUAAUUCCUUUUACCAGGAGAAAGACAUGCUCUCAAACUGCAGACAAAACACCUUAGGACAUAACACACAGACCUCAAUCGCUCAGGAUUUUAGUUCUGAGCAGGGCAGGACUGCGCCCCAGGACCAGAAAGCCAGUAUCCAGAUUUACCCCUGGAUGCAGCGAAUGAAUUCGCACAGUGGGGUCGGCUACGGAGCGGACCGGAGGCGCGGCCGCCAGAUCUACUCGCGGUACCAGACCCUGGAACUGGAGAAGGAAUUUCACUUCAACCGCUACCUAACGCGGCGCCGGCGCAUCGAGAUCGCCAAUGCGCUCUGCCUGACCGAGCGACAGAUCAAAAUCUGGUUCCAGAAUCGCCGGAUGAAGUGGAAAAAAGAAUCUAAUCUCACGUCCACGCUCUCGGGGGGCGGCGGAGGGGCCGCGGCCGACAGCCUGGGCGGAAAAGAGGAAAAGCGGGAAGAGACAGAAGAGGAGAAGCAGAAAGAGUGACCAGGACUGUCCCUGCCACCCCUCUCUCUCCUUCUCCCUCGCUCCCCGCAACUCCCUCCUAAUCACACACUCUGUAUUUAUCACUGGCACAAUUGAUGUGUUUUGACUCCCUAAAACAAAAUUAGGAGUCAGAUAUGGACCUGCAAGUCAACUCUGGACCCUCUCCCUGACCGCACAAACUCUCUCACCACGCGUCUUCUCCUCCCUGCUCCCUGCUAGCUCCUUCUCGGCUCGUCUACAGGCCCCUUCCCCCGCCCAGGCCUUGGGGGCUCCGUCCCUGAACCUCGCUUCAGACUCCAGGGAUCUCCCUCCAAAUGAGGACUUGGCCCCCCACCCUCUCGGCGCCCCCACCCCGCCCCCGCGCAGAGAGCCGGCUCGGGCCCGGGCCUUGGCUCCGGGGCCUCAGGGCCCGGCCUGGCAGCGGGGAGGGCGGGAGGCCCAAGGAGGGCGCGUCGUGGCCCCGCAGCAACCCCCAGGGCCUCCCCGCAGCCCCUGCCCGGCCCCUCUGCCCCAGCAAAUGCCCAGCCCAGGCGAAUUGUAUUUAAAGAAUCCUGGGGGUCAUUAUGGCAUAUUACAAACUGUGACCGUUUCUGUGUGAAUAUUUUUAGCUGUAUUUGUGGUCUCUGUAUUUAUAUUUAUGUUUAGCAGCGUCCGUGUUCCAAUCCCAUCUUAAAAAGGAAAAAAAAAAGAGGGAAAAUUACAAAAAGAGAGAAAAAAAGUGAAUGACGUUUGUUUAGCCAGUAGGAGAAAAAAAAUAAAUUAAAAAAAUCCCCUCGUGUUACCCUCCUGUAUAAAUCCGACCUCUGGAUCCGUUCUCGAAUAUUUAAUAAAACUGAUAUUAUUUUUAAAAGUUUA